AUCGUGUAAUUUCGUUUCAGCAGCAUUAGAGGGCGAGCGAACGAGCGAAAGAAAUCGUCUCUGCUUCGCGUUCCCAUAAACAGAGACGAUCUCCUCCUCUGUUCUCUCUAUUUUUUAUUCUUUUUUUUCUGUUCAUUUUCGUUUUAUUCUCCGCUGCAAGAAUUGAUUUCAGGGUUUGUCUUUUCCAAGUUCGAGAUUCCUCUUUCUUGGGUUGAGGUCCUUGAGGAUCGAAGGAGCCGUUUCAGCCAUGUUCAAGUCCUUCUGGGGUUCUCAAGAGCAACAAUCUCAGCCACGUCCUCGGGAGGUUACUGCACAGGCGUGGUAUCCUCCUUCUGUUGUUAGCUCACCAGGUUCAUCCCGUCCAUCUACACCUGGCAGUAGCUCUUCAGCUUCUGCCAGCUUCAAUGUACAAAGGCCUUCAGAACGGCCAUAUUCUGCAUCACAAGGGCAACUUUCACAUGCCGAAGCUGCGAGCAUAAUUAACUUGUUGAAAGACAAAAGUGUUGAUGAAUUGCGAAAGCUUUUGUCUGACAAGGAUGCAUAUAAUCAAUUAUUGCUAUCACUUGAUCAAGUGAGAACACAAAACAAUGUACGGGAUGAACUUCGGAAGGAAACUCUGCAGCUUGCAAGGGAGAACUUGGAGAAAGAACCACGCAUCUUGGAGCUUAGGAACCAGUGCAGAAUUAUCCGGACAACAGAGCUAGCUGCUGCCCAGGAGAAACUAAAUGAUCUUGAAAGACAGAAGGAAGAAACACAGAAGUUCUUUUCUGCUUCUAGCUUGCUCCAGAAGCUUCAAGAGGCAAUGAACAAGGCAGAAGAAGAAUCUGAAAUUCUUCACAGGCAACUGCUAGAUAGGGAGAUUGACCUGCCGGCUUUCAUACAGAAAUACAAGAAGGUCCGGAUAACUUAUCAUAAACGGGCACUCACCCAUCUUGCAGCCAGGGCAUCCUGUGUAUGACUCAAAAAAUGUGCAGAAACAUUAUUUUCGUAGUGUCCAAAUAUGUGCAGAAACAUGAAGGAAGGGAUGCUUGCUUUUUAUAGUGUCUCAGAUGAUACAAUUGCUUGUGAUUGGAUUGGAACAAAAUGUAUCUUAUUUCUGCUUCUAUGUCUUCUCAAUUUGUGUGCCUUCAUCCUUCUUUCUCUCUCCAACAUGAGCAGCCUUUGAGGUUUUGGUUUCA